CUCAAGAAAAACAAACCCCAGCUUGUCACGUAUACCCCUAAAGCUACCUGCUAAAGUUUAACAUCAUCAUCAAUGGCUUCUCUUGCAUUUUCUACCCUCAUCAAACCCUACACUUCCUCCACCAAAAUCCCACCUCUCUCAUCAGCUCAAUCUCAUUUUCUUGCACAAAAUGAUCGAUAUUCGUCCAUUUUCAGUGGUAAAAUGAAUUCGUGUAAGAAAUUAUGUGGAAAUAAUCGUGACGGCUUAGUAAUAACAAAUAUUGCAACUAAACCUCCUUCUCAUGUUGCUUCUGACGAUCAAUCUGAAAAAGAGAUGGAAAAUGAUCGGGAUCACGUCGCCUGGACUAGUGUAAGGCAGGAGAGGUGGCAAGGAGAGCUUCGUGUUCAAGGGGAAAUCCCACUCUGGCUGAACGGAACAUACCUACGGAAUGGUCCGGGUCUAUGGCACAUCGCCGACUACAACUUCCGCCACCUCUUCGAUGGCUAUGCCACCCUUGUUGGCCUCCACUUCCACGGCGGCCGCCUCGUCAUGAGCCACCGUCAAAUCGAGUCUGACGCCUACAUGGCCGCCAAAAAGAACAACAAACUAUGUUAUCGCGAGUUCUCCGAGGCACCAAAACCCGAAAACUUCCUUGCCUACGUCGGCGACCUAGUUAACCUAUUCUCCGGCGCCUCAUUGACCGACAACGCCAACACCGGAGUCGUCAAGCUCGGGGACGGGCGGGUGGUUUGCCUGACGGAGACCAUCAAAGGGUCCAUUAUCAUCGACCCAGACACGUUGGACACGUUAGGGAAGUUCGAGUACAGUGACAAGUUGGGCGGGUUGAUCCACUCGGCCCACCCGAUUGUCACGGACAAUGAGUUCUUGACCUUGUUGCCCGAUCUAAUAAAUCCCGGGUACUUGGUGGUGAGAAUGGAGCCGGGUACGAACGAGAGGAGGGUUAUCGGGCGGGUGAGUUGUCGUGGCGGACCGGCCCCGGGGUGGGUUCAUUCUUUUCCGGUGACGGAGAACUAUGUGGUAGUGCCGGAGAUGCCGCUGAGGUAUUGUGCAAAGAAUUUGCUAAAGGCAGAGCCGACACCGUUGUUCAAAUUCGAGUGGCACCCUCACUCCAAAGCCUACAUGCAUGUUAUGUGCAAAGCUAGUGGCAAGAUUGUGGCGAGCGUGGAAGUUCCUCUAUACGUGACGUUCCAUUUCAUCAAUGCGUACGAGGAGAAAGAUGAGGAGGGGAGAGUGAGGGCAAUCAUUGCGGAUUGCUGCGAGCACAACGCUGACACCACCAUCUUAGAGAAACUCCGCCUUCAAAAUCUUCGCUCACUUUCCGGCCAAGAUGUCUUGCCAGAUGCCAGGGUUGGGAGAUUCAGGAUCCCAAUGGAUGGAAGUCCAUAUGGGAGUUUAAAGGCAGCAUUGGACCCAAAUGAACAUGGGAAAGGGAUGGACAUGUGCAGCAUAAAUCCAGCUUUUCUUGGAAAGAAAUACAGAUAUGCUUAUGCCUGUGGUGCUCAAAGGCCUUGCAACUUCCCAAACACCCUCACUAAGAUUGACCUGGUGGAGAAGAAGGCCAAGAACUGGCACGAUGAGGGUUCCAUACCGUCUGAACCCUUCUUCGUUGCUCGUCCUGGUGCAACCGACGAAGAUGAUGGGGUAGUGAUCUCAAUGAUCAGUGACAAGAACGGGGAAGGAUAUGCAGUGUUGCUGGAUGGAUCCACAUUCCAAGAAAUUGCGAGAGCCAACUUCCCCUACGGCCUUCCUUACGGACUACACGGUUGCUGGGUUCCAAACACAUUAUGAACGCAUACGUUAUAUACAUAUAUUUGUAUUAAUUAGUAAUAUUUACAAUGCAGAUGUUGUAUCUUUGUUACUCGUGCUUUUGUUAUGCAAAUUCUACCUCUCGUCCGUCUUUUUUCCAAUAGGACAUCAGCUUUUGUUUGGAGAUGACUGUUUCUAAAAAAAAAAGAUGAUUAAGUGCAUUUGCUUUUAAAUUUC